UAGGGGAACUCCCACACAAAUCUUUGACAAAAAGUUUGACAGCUAAACUUCAGGAAACAGACGUCUGUCUUAUAGCUCACAAUCACCUCUUGACUGAAUCUUAGAGGUCACAAGUCAGAAGACAAAAUCUACUUGAAUUUAACAAAAACAGACACAUCAAAGGACUCUACCACAGGUAACUGAAAAGCAACUCCCGAUCAAUACUUGACUGAAACUAAGAGGUCACAAGGAUGUCAGAAGACAAAAUCUGCUCAGAUGUAAUGCCAAAGGACACACCAGAGGACUCUACCACAGGUACAAACACGUCAAUAAAGAUGUCCGGUGAAGAUCAGGCAAAAGGGAAUGCUCAGAGUUCUAAGGAAGCAAAUUGUUGCCAGGUAAUCGUGGAUGAGAUGGGUCUCCUGAAACUGAAGUUAACCAUCCUGGCCGUCCUCUCUGUCAUCCUUGGAUCUUUUCUUGUGGCUUUUCAAGUGCUUUCUUUCAUGAAGGUGGAGAAUGCAGACAUCAGCCAGAAGUUGGGAAUGCUGCAGGAGGAGUAUGAUAAUGCCACUGCCAUGACAAGGACUUUGGGGGCUGACCUUACAGGAGUGAAGAAGUGUGCGGAUGACUGGGAGUACUUCGAUGGAUCAUGUUACCACUUCUCCACUGAUAAGAAGACCUGGACUGAGAGUAGAGAUGCCUGUGUGACUAUGGAGGACACCUGGUCAUCAUUACCAGUCAACAAGAAAUGGUUUUGGAAACGUGGCGAACCAAACAACUUUGGUGCAGUUGGAGAAGAACACUGUGUCGUGACUACAGGAGAGUGGAAUGACGUAUCAUGUGGUUACCCGAUGAACAGAAUCUGUGAGACUAUAUGCUGUAGAGCCUGGUAAUUUAACUAACAUUACCACAACAUCAAAUUAUUAACCGACUCAAAUUCAUUUACGCUCGGAAACAUUGUUUAGAAGAAAUUCUUUAGGGGUGUCUGAGUGGGGUAUGGAUUUUUCAUUAAUUGCGUUUGAUCUGAUUUCUGGACAUAAAACUAGGGAAACACUUUAGUUUAGGUGGUGCAUAUGUUAACCAUUCACACAUAACUACUAUGUGUCUGUAUAAGUGCCAAAUAAAGUCAUUAAACAUCA